AUGAUAACGACUUUUGAUGAAAAAAGUGCAGUAUUCUUUUUUGUAUUUUUGGGUGAUGUCAUUGGGGAACGAACAUUCGAUAAUGUGAAUUGUGUGCAAAGUGCAACGAAAUUGGCAGCUAUGGAUAAGAUGAAAAUGGAAGCGAAGGAGGUUGAUAAGCUUCAACAGCUCCAUUACGGAUGGUACAUUCAAGCGGUCAGCUCACUUCUUGGUUCCGUUGGCAAACAAAUGUAUAUGCAAAUGAAGAAACCGCAACGCCGUGCAUUUGUUGCUUGUCUUGAUUCAAUUCCCAAAGAAUAUGACGUGAAAGCUGGAGCUAAAUGUCUCGUGAACGCCUUCGACGGAAAGUUGGAAGACAUUUAUGGGAAGGCAGCAUUGGAUAAGAAAUUAGAUUUUAUCGAUAAACAAGAUACAGUACCAAUGGGCAAACUAGAUAUAAAGAAACUGAAAAGAAGGAAAUUUCAGAAGAAAGUAGUGCAGAAGCAGUUGAAAAAGAGAGUACGAACGAAAAUAAACGAGAUCCAAGCAGAGAAACUGAAACUUGCAAGAUUUCGAAAAAUGAAGAGAAGAAACUUCGCUGGUCAAUACAAAAUGUCACCGAAGAUGUUGGAGAAAAUGGAGAAAAUCAAUUCGAUGAAAUAUAGAAAGAGAAGAGUGAAGAGAAAUAUUCUCUCGCUUUAUAGUAAUAAAGAAGCAGUCGACGAAGCGAAACGAGUUGACAGUUUGGAUGGAGUAUUCUAUAAACCAAAGAAUUUUGCAAAGAUGCCAGAUUUGCAUGAAAAUAACAAGAGUCCAAUACAAGAAUUCACCAAAAUGAUCAGAGAGUUUGCACAUGUGAAACCGACGAGAAAUAUGACUUCAAGCUAUACAAAUCUGAAAAAGCUGCAAGACGCUGUAUUCGGAGCCCGGGAGAAGAAUCGAUUCAAGAAUAGAAUGUUGGAUAUGGUAAUUGGAAAGAAUCAUCCAUUGAGACAAAAGAAAUCAUUCUCUGAUCGAGUUCGAGAUAUUACACCGGAUGGAAUGAUUGAUGAAACUGUUUUCGGAUUGGUGGAUGCAGUUCACAAACAUACGAAAGAUUCGAAUGCGAACUUUUUGUCGCCAAGGUUUAUGCCGAUUAUGCCAGAGAAGUUAAACACAAAGAGACGGCUCCUCUCUCCCGACAUGUUCCCAUUGUAUCGUGACGAGAGUGACAAUAGUAUCCUCCCAAUUCCGAAUGUUCUGGAAAAAGCUGGAUUGAAAGACAAGGAUAGAGAAAAUGUGUUGGAAUUGGUGAUGGAUAUCACAGGAGUGAAUAAUGUUGUGGAUGACGCAUUGAAUCUGGUGAAAGGACUGAGAAAGAGUGGAUUGGAUAAGGAUUUAGUGGAUAUGACUUCGAUUAUUGAUCAGGCGUACACAUCUCUUUCCAGCUCUCUGACUCGUGCUCAAAAUUUGGAUUUCGUCAAUAAAAAAUUCUCAUUCAUGAACAAAGAACAAAUGCAAUCUCUUUAUGGAGAGACUGGAAUAUACAACACUUCGGUUUCUGAUCUACCAUUCGAUAUUCAUGAAGUUGACUCUCUGACAACUGAACAGAAGGAAGAGUCCAUUCGAAUGACAAUCAGAGAACUUGCGAAAGGAAAUGGAGCUCAAGGAUUUGGAAAAAGUGGAAGAAGAGUGAAGAGACAGACGAUUUCUCUGUUGAAUGGAUUGUAUCAAAUCGUGUUUUUGAAUCCGACAGUGUUCUCACCACAAGCAUUUGCACCCACUAUUAAUAAGCUAUCCGUUCUCGGACCACUCGUCCUAUCUCCUCAACUGUUCUGUCCGAGUGUUCUCUCUCCACUUCUCAUGUCUCUUCCGGUUAUUUCACCUCAAGUCGGAAAUCCACUCAUCUUCUCUCCAUACGUCCUUGGUCCAAAUGUAUUAUCAGCUGCCGUAUUCAAUGCAUACGUCUUCUCUCCCUACGUCUUAUCCCCUAAUGUAGUAAAUCCAUACGUAAUGUCUCCUCUAGUUUUAUCUCCAUUUGUUCUCUGUCCUGAUGUCGUUUCUCCAACCGUACUCUCUGGAGUCGUACUGUCUCCAUCUGUUCUUUCUCCUUCUAUUUUCACAGAUUCUGCGUUGGCUGCUAACGUAUUGUCACCCACGUUUUUGUCUUAA